AUGGCGAUCUCCGAGAAAGCCCUUCCUUUUGUCUAUGCGGUGACGCCUCUCAUUGGUCUCGCCAUACUGGCCGUCGCAUUGCGUCUUCAUGUUCGCCUGUUUCUCGUCAGAAAUGCGGGAGCUGACGAUUGGCUAUGUAUUGCUGCCAUGGUUUUAGCAAUCGUGACAUACGUCGCGAACAUGAUCGCGGUCGUGAUAGGUUUUGGCAAGCCGUUCCCCAGCUUGUCUGUCGAGGACCAGCUUCACAUUAGGCAGGCAAUGUGGAUUUCUCCAGCCAUCUGGGGGCUCUCUUCUGCCUUGAUCAAGAUGUCCAUCAUCACAUCCUACCUGCGCAUCUGGACAGUCAGAGGCGUUGUGCGGCUUUGCAAGGUGCUCCUGGUCAUUAUGACUCUAUUCGGACUCGUCCUAUUCUUCGGUGAUGUCUUGGCUUGCAUCCCCGUCGAGGUCUCGUGGCAGAUGAACACAAUUGGGGAUAACAGAUGCAUAAAUAAACCCCUUUUCCUGUUCAUCACGUCAAUCAUCAAUAUCGUGUUAGACAUCCUGGUUUAUUUGCUCCCCGUCCCAUUGAUCCUCAAACUCCGGCUCCCCCGGAGCCAGCGUGUUGCCCUGUUGGUCCCGUUCACGAUCGGCGGCGUUGUCUGUGUUGCGUCCGCAAUGCGACUCGUAGUCAUCCACGAGUUGCCCAACGCAAGAGAUGAAUCGGUGACCGGCAUCAACCUGUCGAUCUGGUCCAACGUCGAAGCGAACCUCGCCAUCAUCUGCGCCUGUCUCCCGGCACUUCGCCCAAUCUUCUCACGCAUCUUCCCCAAACUCCUCGGCUCGGUCGGUGGAUCCUCAAAUAACCACUGGUUCGGACGACGCAAGACGCAGACUUUCAACGACCGCGGCGGUUACCGGUCGUCCCAUCAGAUGUACCCGCUCUCAUCGGUUGACGAGCCCGCCAUAAUCUUGCCGGAUUUCAAGCUUCCAAUCAUGCGCAAUACAUCGCAUAACGGAGAGGAGGCGAAUGAUCAUAGCUGGUUGGAAGAGGAGACGCCCGCAUGUCCCCCUGAGUUGGACGAUGCCGAAGGGUACAUGUUCAUACGCUACGGCAAGGAGCAGAAGUCGACCAUUGUGGUGCCCGCGCCGGUCGUCGUCAAGAACUUCAGCCAUCCGGCAGGCCAUCGGUGA